GACCUCAGUUGUGCAAGAGACAAGUGAUGUGCCACAAUGAAAAGAGCACUUGCCGUUUUUAUCCUUCUUGCUGCAUUGUCGGUGCCUUUAAGCCUGGAAGUGUCACAACAGCUCUUCUGGAUUGAAGCUAAACCUAGAGAUAAUGUGACGCUGAGAUGUGCAGCCUCUGGUUUUGAUCAACGGUUGCUUUACUGGUUUAAGUUUCAGUUUGGAUAUAAGAUCCAGUUAAUUUCAAAAACCUCUGGAGGAGAACCAACACUUGAAGACGAAUUUAAAGCCUCAAGAUUCUUUCCCACUCAAGAUGGUAAAGAGCAUUUUCUUACCAUAAGAAAUGUCAGCAAAGAAGAUCAAGCGACAUACUUUUGUCAGGCUGGAUCCUCGUACAACAUGGGAUUCAUCAAUGGCAGUUUGUUAAUUGUUAAAGAUCUUAUACCCAAGAAGAUAUUUGACGACAUGGAAAAACGUCAGAGUGUGGAGUUGGUCAUGGAGGGAAACACUGUCGAUCUUCAAUGUUCGGUUAUUUCCAAAACCAAAGAGAAUCCAGAAGAGUGUGCAAGUGAACACCAAGUAUACUGGUACAAAGCAACGUCUGAAUCUGAUCCACAAAUUAUUCACACAAGCGGUUCCAAAUGUGAUGUUCAAGAAAAGAGGAGAUGUGACUACCAUCUGCCCAAAACUAUACAGAAGUCCUCAGAUUCUGGUCUGUACUCUUGUGCUGUGCUCUCGUGUGGAGAAAUCCUGUUUGGUGAAGGAACUCAAGUAGAAAUAGGGGGCAAACUGUGCUGGGAUGUCAUCACACUUGUGAUACUGUUGACCGUCAGUGUUUUUGUCAAUGUCAUUUUAAUUCUUGCCAUAACGAAGACGCUUGUUUGCGUGCAACACAGAGGAGAAGCUUCUAGUCAGGCUGAACAGGAUCAACCAGCAGAGGGACAAGAAGCCAAUUUGGACAAUGAAGAAACAGGAGUAAAUUACGUAGCGCUGGAGUUCUCACGGAAAACAACAAGGCUGAGGAAUAAUACGGAGUUACUGGAUGACUGCAUAUAUUCAAAUAUGAGAGAAGAUUUAUUCUGAACAUUUCUGUGAUUCAUGAAGACUCUAUAACAAUGAACGCUAUUCAUUUAGAGUGGGCUGGUUGGCUUUUUCCUUACAGACCCUAUAUCAUGCAAAAUCUACUUUUUUUGAAUGUUUAUGUGAAUUAUUCUUAAUGAAAACAACCCCAAAGCAGUAUUUUGAUCCAUUCACUCAUUUUCUCUAAAACGCUGCUCUCUGAGCACCAGCCCCUUCAAAUCUAUGAAAACGAGUGGGUCCUCACAUUGUGACAUAGAUAAGUGGGAACAGCCCCUUCCAGGAAGAGUCUGCACUGGCAGCACCGCCCCAGGCUAACAUAUUUUGCUUUCAUUUUAUUGGCACAUCCAUCUAUGUAAAAGUUUGAAUGUUUGUUUUCUUGGGCAAAACGCAGAUACACUGCCGAGGUUAGCUCUUGGUUGUCAUAAAAACUACGGCAUCCAAUAGGAGUGAAAGGCGGUGCCUCAGAGAUCAAGACAUCUCAUGAAAAUAACUCAUAUUUCAUUAAUAAUGUGUGCCAAAUGUAAUAUAUUGUUUUACAUAUGGAUAUAGUUUACUCUGAAGGGCUUAAGAAUAGCAUUGUGAUUUAGGUCCUUUAAAUGUCAUGUUAACACAACAUUUUAGAACAGAACAUCCAACGGUUUUUGACAUUUUAUGAAGCUGCUUAAAUGGGUUAUUGUCUCAACAUUUGAUUUACAGUUGAACUUUUUCUUGACUAAUCUUAAAUAUACAAAACAGAUGUAAAAUUCAAAUGAAAUGUCCUUAAUAAAUGCUUUUUUUUUAAAAUACAAAUAAGCAUGUUCUUGGUAAUUUGAUAUAAUUGUAUUCUAGGUUUCCGGUGGUGAAGGAUCUGGACUUUUUUUGACUGGAGUGCCCACUAAAACCCACAAGCAGUUCUAGUCCAGGGGUCCCCUAAUGGUGGACCGUAGUUCGGGUCUGGACCCCGAGACCCUUUUAUCCAGACUGCUAAGUAUUUUAAAUAAAAAGUUUGAUAUUCCAUUCAUCUUUACCUGCAAUGGUUCUUGAACAGGCGCGCAAGGACAGCUACAAGUGAACCAGGGUCCUUCAACCGGCAAAGAGUGGUGUGCCAAUGUUUACAUGUUGUGACGUAGAGCUAUUGAGUAAUUGAGUGAACAAUGGCGCUCUCUAAAAUGAGAAAAGUGGAUUAUGAAAAUCGUGUCUUCUGAGAUGAGUGGAACAAAGCUUACGCUUUCAAUUCCCAGCAACGAUUUCCAAGGCCAGUGUGUAUUUUAAGCAUGAGGCUGUUGACAUUUCAGGUCAGUCUUCUCCGAAGAAACUGGUCAUUCUGCAGAUGGAUCUGGAAGAGGACUGAACAUGAUCCUUCAGUGAAGGAGAUUAAAUGGAUCACUGUCACUGCUCAUUCGGACUUUUAUCAAAAAGGUGAUUGAAAACUUUAAGGGUUAAUGACUUUACUUUGGGAGACAAGUUCUUGAUCUUUGUUAAAAAUUCCUUCUUAGUGAAGAAUGUUGUCAUUUUUGAAAAAGCGGCCACACCUUGUUACAAAUGGACGAGUGCAGCUGAUGUAGUGUUAAGAGACUAAUGAGACUAAUGAAUCCUCUGGUACUGACAUGUUUUGGGUCCAGAUUGUAAAAAAGGAGAGGUUUCCUUCUCUCAUCAAAGUGGCAUUGUACACAUUAACAAUGUUUGGUUCUACCUACAGUUAUGAAUCAGCUUUCUCUGUUAACAUCUUUAAGAACAAGUACUGCUCCCAGUUCACCAAUGAGCAUGUGCAGGUAUGUCUGAGAAUGGCGUUGACUCCUUUCCUUCACAGAUUUAAGAGCUUAGCUGCAGUGCUCAUACAAAUUUCUCUCACUGAGAUAAGUCUAUAUUGCAGUUUACCUUUAUGUUCAUUAAGUUUUUGUUUUUGCAUUUAUCAAAGUUAUUACUUGAGUGUUCCAUAU